AUGGAUCCGUCUUUCAUUUUUCAUUCUCUCGGUUGUUUUUCCCUUGAAUUUCUUUCCCUCCCCGGUUCUAUCUUUCGGAGUAAACAGGGCCUAAUUCUUGCCUGUGGCGAGCCCUUGUAAGCUUGUGACGAGUCAUCUUUCUUAACGAUGACAGGUUUGAGGAUGGAGACCGUUUUUUUUUCCUCCUUUCCCAAACGAGUCAUCUUUCUUCACGAUCUUCUCCGGGGUAAACAGACCUUUCCUCUUCUUUUUCUUUUCUUUAGCUCGCACGCUUUCCUCCGUUUCCCGUGAUCACACGGUUAGCCAGAUUUCUGGGUAUUUUCCUUCCAUAACGGCUUUCCCCUCCGACUUCGAGUAAGUAACCUUCCACACGGUUUGAUUGAUUAUCCUUCUUCCCCUAACGCCCGUCUCCUGUGAUCUGCCCAACACCGAACACCCACUCCAUCGGACCACUGCAGCCCAACUCGAUCGCUUCGGUGGAACCCACACACGUUACUGACACAGAAAUCAUCUUGAAUGUCCGUCCAUGGCGCGGGCGAGACGGGGGAUCUUGCGACUCUUCCCGAAGGAAAAUCCGAUAACUCUCCAACAGAAGGGGGAAAGGGAUAGAAAACAAAUCUCUCUCUCUUUCUCGUGCUCGAAGAAGUGGGAAUCGCAAGAGCUUCCACCUCCCUGAUCCUCGCUGGAUUAGAUGCCGAAUUAGGGGAUUGUAGGGCUCCUUUCGAUUUCCACCGGCUCGAUUUGAUGGACAUGCCCCCAAGCUUGUCCAAAUCCACUUCUUCGAGGGGGAUGGGUAAUGAGAGCGGCGAUGGAGCCAGCCGGACGUUUCUUUACCUGAAUGUCUACGAUUUGACAUCGGUGAACAAGUACCUCUAUUGGUUCGGGCUUGGUGUUUUUCAUUCUGGGAUCGAAGUUCAUGGUAUGGAGUAUGGAUUUGGAGCACAUGAUUAUCCAACUAGUGGAGUAUUUGAGGUGGAACCAAAAAACUGUCCUGGUUUUGUCUUCAGGCGGUCUGUGUGUUUGGGCACUACUGACAUGUCCCUUUCAGAAUUCCACUCAUUUCUUGAAGAUCUUACUGGGAAGUAUCAUGGUGACACCUACCAUUUGAUCACCAAAAACUGCAAUCAUUUCACAGAUGAACUUUGUAGAAGUUUGACAGGAAAACCUAUUCCAGGAUGGGUGAAUAGACUUGCCAGACUAGGAUCGUUUUUUGACUGCAUUCUCCCUGAGAACAUUCGGGUCACAGCAGUUGGACAAUUACCAGUUCAUCCAGGUUAUUCUGAUGGAUCAGAUUCAUAUUCGUCAAAGGGAGAGGAAACUGAUGAAGAAGAAUCAAACCAUCAGCUUCUAAAGAGAUCCAACAAUGAUUUUGUUGAUGCGAAUGACCAGCAUUUGAGGCUUCCUAGAGAUCUUAUGUGACUUUUUGCCUGCUUCCCAGUCCCGUGUUGGUUCUGUUUCUUAUGCAACCAAAAGGUCGAGAUUUAUGAUGCCGAUACUUAUCUUCUUUUGUUACUUAACCUAGUGAGGUUUUUGUGUUGGGUGUUAUAUUGACAAUUGUAUUCUUCUCUAAUGCAUCUAACGUUGUGCCCACUAGUCCUAUGAUCCUUGUGCAAAUUAACAAGCUGGCCUUAUAUUCUCUACUACAGAACUUACGAGCGAUGGGUAUGCUUUCUGUAUCACUUUAAAUUUAGACAAAUUAUAAAUGUAGUAAGUUUGCCAAUAAUGUCAAUCUUUAUGUUGUAUUAA